AAUUAAUCUACUUUUUUUUUUUUUUUAAAUAAAUAAAAUCAUGAACAAGUGUUUAAUAAUAAUUUUUUUUUGCAUUAAUUUAUGUGAUUUUUUGACGGCAAAAGAACCAAUUGGCUACCGGAAAAUUGAUGAUAGCUGUGAAAUAUCUGAUGAAUCAUUUAAAACUAUCAAUGUCAUCUCGAAUCAUGGUCUUGCUGAUAGCUGCUCAUUACUUAUAUCCGCCUCUCCAGAAGCAGAUGAUGAUUUUGAUAUUCAAUUGAGAAUUACAAAAGAUUCAAAUAUAUGUGAUACAGGAAUCGAGUAUGUAGAUACUGAAAAUCCAAAAAUAACAUCGGUAAAAGAUGAUGGCGUAGUUAUUUGCUCAUUCAAAAUUUACCUAAACAUCAUUGAAAAAUUGGAAAAAACACAAGGUUUUAAAUAUUUUGGAAAAUACUGGAAAAUAACAAACUUGUGCCAGGCUAAUUUUAAAACGUGUUUAAAUACUAAUUUGUUUUUCAUGAACACAGUUGAGUGGUGGGAAAAAGAAAAAUAUAAUUAUCUUGAUUUACGAGCAUCAAUGUUUUAUUGGCAUGAAUAUUCAGCUAUUGAUUAUCACGUCUAAAUUAAU